AGUAUGAGAUCUCUAUGAGAAGGCAAUCAGCUUAAGAUGUACACAGCUGCCUCUUCAUCCAGGAGAAGCAUAAAGUAGACCUCCUUUGAGCUGAUAUCCUUUUUAAUGCACAAACUCUCCAAAUGCAUUAGAAAGUGCUCCUUUUUCUUUUUUUCUUUAUCCAGUUGCAUGAAAUUCAGGAAACCGAUGUUCCAACAGUAUCUUUACAGGUGUCUUAGCAGGGCUCAUCUCUGAGUCUAAUUAUGUUGAACAGGCUGUGGAAAUACAAAAUCAUGUCUAAUGCAGUUGCAUGCUGUGUGGAAACACGUGGGCUUGUCAGGAUUCCAGCAUGGUGCGCUGUUGGAGGUUACUCAGUUCCACGUGUGAAUAGCCUCAUUACAAACUCAAUGCAAAUCCUACUCAGAGUCUGUGGUUUCAUGUCACUUUAAGCUGAUGAUUUUUUUUCCUAGGUUAAUCUUCCUUCAUCCUUCCUGGGAGCUCUUUUUCAUCUGGUUUGUAACAUGACCACACAUACUCCAGUGCUGAUACAAAGAGUUUGCAGGAAUGUGUGGUUUGAGUAGAAUCAUAGAAUGGUGGUCUGGCCUGAGUUGGAAGAGACUUUAAAAAUCAUCUAGUUCCAAUCCCCUUGCAUUGGACAGGGACACUCUUGCCAUGGGUAUAGACAGAAAUUGAGACUGUUUGUAAUAAUAAGUUUAACUUUAUUUUGAAGUAGCAGUCUCCUAGAUCUGUUCCUUCAGUUCUUUCAUGUCUGCUUUCUGCAUUUUCUGUCUUGAAUGAACGUUAAAACUGUUACUGAACAGUCCUCUUGGUGACAUCUCCAUUUUGCAUAUUACUUUGAGAUGAACAAUCCCAACCCAAAAAUUUUAUUUUUGCAGAAACCUGUAAGUUCUUUAAGAAGUGGGAAAUCUGUCUAGUUUGAGUAGUGAGGAACAAAUUAUUCUUGUGUUGUAGAGUACAGUGAUUUUGCAGUGCCCAUUAAUUUAAUGAAUUGUCCAUGAUAAUGAAACCUGGGACAGCAAGCUAGAAGUGUCACAAUACAGAGAACACCAGCUGAAACAAAUGUCAGCUGUUCAGACUUGAAAAGCAGAAAGAUUAACUUUAUUAACAGCGAUCUAGUGGCCAUAUGGCUAAUAAAUGAGAUGAUGAUGAUGAUACUCAAUAUCCAGAAAGGACACAGGUUGCACAUGGUUAAUUGCUUGUGGCAGAUAGAUUGGACAUGACUGACUACAGUUCCUGAGCCCAGGCUAAUCACAAAAUGGUACCUGGUCUGGCAUGUGUUAUCCGUGAAAGGGUGUUAGACAGCGAAGAGAUCAGAAAUGUUCACGUCUAGCUUGGAAGUGAUGGGGCUUAUGCCCAAACUCAGCAUGUCACGUUAGUAAUGAUUAGUGCUUUAGUCUGUGCCAGGUGCUUGCAUGAAGUGAUUGUUGAAGAAAUGCAUGAAGGCAGUAAUAACCAAACAGGAUCUGGGUUGUUCAGCUCUUAAUGCUGGAUUAUUUGGACUUCACUGGACAUUCCUUGAUCACUGAUUGAUCUUGUGUUUUCCUUGUGCUGGUCUGCUCAAGAAAUCUAUCCAGAAAUUAAGUGCUAAGUUGAGCUUUGGGAUUUGGAAAGAAUGAAGAAGUCUAGUCCCGGAAAGAGAGAGGACAAGAAACAAACUCUGGAGAAGGUGACAACGGCACAGCUGCUCUCAGACCUCGUUAGUAGGCUGGAUUGCCUGCAAGUGUCAUAGGGAGUCAUAGUGUCAUAAGUGUCAUUGGGGGAGGCCAACUCAAAAGAUGAAUUGAUGCCUUCUAGUCCUCUGUUCCAAGUAACCCCCAUUGUGCUAUUUACCAUCUAGAAAUUCUAAAAUGAAAACUUUUCUAUGGAAUUUUUUGUAGAAAAUUUAGGCUUUGAACAGUACAGUUUCUAAAAUAAGCCCUUUGUCUUCCAUUUAAGAGCAAAGCUGGUGUCUUCAACUCAGUGUGAGGAAGGUUGUCAUUUCAUCUCCCACAUGCACACACAAACAAGCACAAGCUGAUGCAGAAAUAAGAUGGCUUUUGUACUCAUUGCAUAUACAAUAGCUGUGUAUUUCAGUUUUUGAAAGGAAAAUUCUUUCAGUAGUGGGUUGAUCUGUCUGUCUGUUUGGAACAGCUCUAUACAACUGUUUGAGAGUGAGAGUUACACUCUGGAGUUGAAGAAAAGCCUCUCUAGGAAUUGGAAGUAGAAAGUACUUGAUGUUACAGUAGAAUAUUUUAGAAUGUUCUGAGGGGAAUGUUGCCCCUGAGCCCCCUUUAAAGAAUAAAUAGAGAUAGGUUCCACCACAUUUGCCAAAAAAAGGUCUACUCUGAACUUUUGUUGUUGGAUCAUGCUUUGGAGCCUUCAGCAGUAAGUCUGUCCAAUAUGAUUGUGGUGAUCCAAGACAGUGCAGUCUGGCAGAUGCUCCUUGUUACCUGUCCCCCUGCAAAGCGCUGUUCUAUGCUGCAAAAGGGAACUUAUGCUCAUACCUUCUUCAUCAAUUUAAAGGUAACACAUCAAACUGGCUAAAGUAGUACCUUAGACCCCAGAGCUUCACCCAAAAAAACUCUUGUUCAAACUCGGUGAAUUAACUUUACAAUGCACAUACACUGAGAGAUAUUUGAUGCUUGUUGAUGGAAAGGAAGUAGUUAAGAAAACGUGCUUUUAGAAAUCCUAUGAGGUGCAUGUUGUAAGGCUACAUUCUUUUGGAUCAGUUAUUAUAGCCAUGGUUUAAGCUGCCUAAGAUAAACCACAACUGAUCCAGUAGCCACAUAGCUCAGUGUUGAAUCUGUGUAAUAUACUUUGUGUUUUUGAGCACCACCUGUUCAAGUGUCACCUGCCUGAUGGUACGAUUUCAACAUUUAACUCCUAUAAAAAAGGUUUAAAAAUUAACUUACCUGCAUCACAAACCACACAAUCUCCAGUAAUGAUUGGCUUUUCCCAAGAUGACAUUGUAUGAAAAUCAGGUGAUUGUAAUACACUAAACAACAUUAAUUGCCUUCCUGAUCUACUUCCUCCUUGCUAAUUAUUCCUUUUGUUAGUGUGCUGCCCUAGAAAAAAGUCUGAAAUUGUUUCCUGUUUGGUUUCUAAAACGUUGAGAGUCCUCAACGCUUUGCAUCAUUAAUUCCAGUCACACAGAAAUACUCUUAAUAGUUAUAGAAUCACAGAAUGGUUUGUGUUGGAAGGGACCUUAAAUAUUGCCUGGUUCAAACUCCCCUGCCAUGGGCAGGGACACCUUCCACUGGACCAGGUUACUCAAAGCUCCAUCCAGCCUGGCCUUGAACACUUCCAGGGCAACCAACUUCUCUGGGCAACCAAAAUCCAAACCUACUCUCUUUCAGUAGUACCCCUUAUCCUAUCACUACAUGCCCUUGUACAAAAUCCCCCCCCAGCUCUUGUUGGCCCCCUUUAGGUACUGGAAGGUGCUGUAAGGUCUCCCCAGAGCCUUCUCUUCUCCAGGCUGAACAGUCCCAAACUCUCUCAGCCUGUCUUCAUAUGAGAGGUGCUCCAGCCCUCUGAUCAACUUAGUGGCUCUUCUCUGGACUUGCUCUAGCAGGUCCACAUCCUUCUUACGUUGGAGGUCCAGAGCUGGAUGCAGUAUUCCAAGGGGGAUCUCAUGAGACCUUAGUGGAGGGGGAGAAUCACCUCCCUCGACCUGCUGUUCACAGUCCCUUUGAUGCAGCCCAGGACACAGUUAGCUUUCUGGGCUGCAAGUGCACAUUGCUGGCUCUUGUUGAGCUUCUUGUCUACCAACACUCCCAAGUCCUUCUCCUCAGGGCUGCUCUCAAUCCAUUCAUCCCCCAGCCUGCAUUUGUGCUUGGGCCCUCAGCACCUGUUCAUUUCUGAACAUAGUGAAAACUGAGAGCCUUCUGUCUUACAAGUUUGAAGACCUUUGCUAUUUAAAAGAUAUGUAGAUGUGGCACUUAGGAACAUGGUUUAGGGGUGGAAUUGGCAGUGCUGGGUUAAUGGUUGGGCUAGAUGAUCUUUUCCAACCUAGAUGAUUCUAUGAUUACUUCCAGGUAUACUAGAUAUAGAAAAGAAAAACUAUAGAAAUUUAAUUAUUAAACUGGGUGUGUCUCUUUAAAAGUUGGGGAGUACAGCUCUGGAGGGAUUGUCUGAGAUGAUGCUACAGAUGCAUUUUUAACUGGUCAGUUAGUGGUAGGCAUCCAAUGUGCGUCAGGAGUGAUGGGCAGCUUCCCUAUAAAGCAGUUACAAAGUCUGUGAAUACCUGAUGUUACCUAUAAUUACACACAAGACAAAAGGAACAGCCUGAAAAAUGCAUCUGCCUGUCAAUGUUAUGAAACCAGUUGAACUCACAAGAGACAAUAAUUAAUGUGGUAUUGUUCCAGGUAAUUUUAGAUAGUAUUCUUACCACCCAGUGACAUGUGAUGCUGUAACCUGCAACAUGAAGGAGAAUAACAUGUACAAUAUAUAAUACUAUUUAAAAAAUGUUGGUCCAUUUUGAUCCCAUCUCCAUUAAGCGGAAUGAAAAAACUUCACCUGGCAUGAGGGUAAAAACAAAGUCAAAAUCCGUGAGUAGGAAAGAACUGAUGGUAUUGAACCUUGAUGUGCUUUAGAUCUCAGGUAUGCUCCCUUCUAGUUUAUGUAAAACAAGUGGGAAACGCUAUUUUGUCAGGUGACAUUUUUUUGUCCACUCUAUUCUGUCUUUAACUCAACGUAACAGUGUCAGUGACAGACCAUAGCGAAACCAGUCUGUGGUCACUGACUGCAGCUUAUUGCCAGAAUGCCCCUGUGAAUACGAGGAGGCUUUCCUGCUUCUUGAAUUUAAGAUGCAGAUACCAUUUGAUAAGUGAACUCCUCCUCUUUCUCUGAUUUCCCAUCUCCUCCCUCCCUCAGUCACGCGCUAUGCUGACCAAAAUCCAGGACAAAGAGAAUACGUAUUGGUACUGUACUGUUGAUGUGAUUUUCUGAAUUAAAUCUAUCAUAAAAAUGAAAAAUUGUGACAUACUAGUGACAGAUGCAGCCUACUCUCGUUAAUUGGUUCACCUGAAUUCAAUGCUCUGGGUUUACAGCCCCACAGCAGAAGAUGGUGUUUUCCAACAUCAGGCAGCUCUCAUUACAUGGUGGUGCCUUGGACAAACACACCGUUCUGCUUCAUUCAAUGUAUGUGAGCAUGACUGUGUUUCCAUAAAGGCUGCCUACUUUUGGCUUUAUAAGGCAGUCGGCAAAUUUUGUGAAGAUAAAGAGGUUUUUAGCGAGAAAAAGUCCACUUCAUAGUGCUACUGAGAAAAUAUCCUCUUAUUUGGGCUUACGCUGGAAGUUGUGUGAAUACAAGGAAUCUGUCUCAGGGACCUAAGAGCCUACAGCAGCACAGAUAAAAAUAAUUGCACUUAAAACAUAGCAUCCACUCAGUAAGUACAUAAAGAGCAAUGCAAAGCAGAGGAGGCAUUAAGAAUUCAUGUGACUACUGUGAAAUGUAGAAAAUAUGUGGUUACAUAGUUAAUAAAUGAAAGAGAAAAAUACAUAGCAAAAACAAACAGUAUUUAAAUUCAAAACUUUAUCUUAAGGACUGUCAGCAAGUGACCAACACAUUAGGAAAGAAAUCUUACCUAAGAUCAGAGGCUACUUCUCAAAAAAAAGGUUUCAAGUCAUCAGCAUGAACACAGGUUCAGUGACAGAGGAACACUAGUUUAUUGUCACUAACAUGAUGCUGUUUUUAUAAAAUGUAACUGGAUGUUAAUACUAAAUUACUAUAAUCUAUUUGAGAGAAUACAUCUCUUUCUAAUAUAAAUUACCUUGUUCUGUAGAAUUACCUUGUUGCCAUCAAGCUGUGCACUAUGAACUUUCCCCAGAUCAUUUCUUCUGUCUUUCUUCCCUUCCAGCAUUUCUUCAGUCACUAUUUCCUUUUGAAAAGAUUAAAGCCACACUGCACAUGUGAUGUUUCUAUUUUCUACCUGUUAAACCUCUACUGUUUGAAAUGUUAAACCCCAGUAAAAGGACUAAGUGAUAGUCUAGUCUGAGAUACCACAAAGAUAUCAGGUUCAUACAUGAAAAAUAGUUGCCUAGCCUUGUAAUCUUGGGAAGAUGUCAUUAUGAGUUCCGUACUUAAGACUCACCUUAAUUCAUAUUCCAACCCUCCUGGAACAAGAAGGUUAGGUUCACCAGUGAAGGUUCCCUCUUUCAUACUAUCUCAGGAUUUAAGUCUAUGAUACUUGUGUUUAUUGAUUUUUGAGGUGUCACAACCCACUUGAUCAUCUCCUGUGCUUUACAGACUAAUAGCCAUCACUUGAUUUUGAACCCAGUAAUCAGUAUCUGACCAAAACAGUGUUUCCUACCUGCCACAUCUCAAGCGCAGAGGAGCGAUGGGAAUAGAUGGGUUUGUGAUUUAUUAAAUAAUGAGCAGAAAGGUACUGGAAAAAAAUUUUGCCUUCCUACCCUCCACACAUGCUGGGUAGUCUUGGGAAGAGAAAAAUAUGGCAAAGGGGACAGGAUUGAAGGGCACUGGCCUCCCAGACCAUCCUUCCUUCUCAAAAUGACUCAGAUGUUGUAGAUAUGUGAAAAGUCUUUUGGCCACAAGGUGCAAGUCUUUCAGAGACCCUCUGUGUGUCCCCUCUAGCUUCAGAUGCUGAGGGACCAGUUUACUUCUUCCUAAUUUCGGCUGCAGCAUCCUGCCUCCCUAAAUCUGUCAGUCAAAUCUGCAGUCAAAUCCUGCCUCUGUCCUCAAAGUAUUCAAGUUCCCUUUCCGAAUUAAAUUUUCCAUAAUCAAUGAAGCAGUGAGAGGCUUUUCUUCAAUUACCCUUUUAAAAAUUCAUACAAAAGUAGAAUUCUUAAUUAAAAGCUUGCCAAUCUGAAAUCAUUGAGGAAAUGAGACAAAAAAAAAUCCUUCCAGAAGUGUGCCCAGACUAACUCAGACACAAAGCAAAAAGAGCAGUAGAUAGGGAUCUGAUUUUUGCCUAGCCUCUGCAACUGAUUCACUGUAAUACUUUCUGCAAGUCAUUUAUUGUGCAGCAAUGUGCUUAUUGAUGGAGGAAAACCAGUAUUUAUUUCCUUUCACAGAGUUAUCCUGAGUCUGACUAACAACUACUUCUGCAAAUCUUUGGAUGAAAGAAAUCGUAAGAGUUCUAAGCUCUUAAUAUAUAUUACUUAUUGUACUUUAAAAUAGUCAUCACACUAGGUAGGAAUUAACAUUCCAAAUCCCAUAGGGUGGAUACCUCUUCCUACAUGUAUAUAUAAAAGUCAUCAAGUGACCUGCCUCAGAGGAAGGCCAGCUGAAGACAGGUCUCCUGGGACAGCUGAGGAGAGCCAUCGCCAUGAUCCCCGCACUGCUCUUGCUGGGCCUUUCGGCCCUUGUCGCUCCAUCCAUGAGUUACAGUUGCUAUGGUGAUAUAAGUGCUCUUCCAGCCCCCACGGUGUCCUGUACAGCUGUAAGAGCCCCAGAUUGUGGAUAUGCCAUGGUACGGAAGACUGCUGAGGCAGACCUCGUGCGCCUGAGGAGAUAUGAGGUCCCGAUUAGACGAGUAGCCAGAAACCUGUGCUUGGACCCAGCUCUCAUUGGUGCCAUCAUGUCACAGGAGAGCCGUGUUGGCCUGCUCCUGAACAACGGCUGGGACCAGGGACGGCAGAAGUACGGCUUGAUGCAGAUCAGCAGGCAGCUACAGCAGCCUUAUGCAGUGUGGGAUAGUGAAGAACACAUAAAUCAGUGCUCAAAUAUUCUGGUUCUUUCAAUCAAUGAAGUACGGACAAGACAUCCUACCUGGACCUGGGAUCGGCAGCUGAGAGGGGGAAUCUGCACCUACCAUGCGAGAAUGGGCAAUCUCCAGGUCUACGAGGAAGACCCAUGCAGCAGAGACAACAACUACGUCAACAGCGUGAUUAGGCGAGCCCAGUACUUCAAGAGAAAUGGGUUCUAGCUCAUAAACCCGCCCCACCACUGAGCCUCUCCUCUGCACAGACUAGCAGUGAUCACAGUACCCAGAGCAGGUCUUCUGGCAGGACCGAUGCUGGGAGCAUUGCCAACAGCACCUUGCUCACUCCAGCAAAUCCCAGCUCCCCACUCACCAAUGGGCGAGCUCAGCACUGCCUUCCAGGGAACCCACAGGGAUGAGAUACCACAAGCUUGGGGCCUUUGAGAAGCAGAUGGGGACAGACUAGCAGUGUUUAAAUUUUGAGUGAGGAAUGUGACUCUUCCUGUUUGGAGCUGAACCCAGGGCUGUUCGUGCAUCCCCCAGAUGCAAGCACACAAGCAGCUCUCCCUGGACAUCAGCUGUGCUCUUCCCAUCACCUCCAUCCACCUCCUUCCUUCUCCAUGGCCAAUGCAGGAGAUGAAGUCCCUGAGUUAAAAUUUUCCCUCCCCUUGAUGCUGCUGGCUAAGGGGCAAUGACGAGACCACCGAGCCUUUGGUCUCUGCAGUAGCUGAGUAUUCCUGUGGCCAACCUUGAGGAGGACAAUGCUACACAUGAUUUGGUUAGUCUAUCAAGCCUUGGAGUCCAUGGCCAUGGUGGGGCUGGGGACCUCUUAAGGGUGAAAAGCAGCCUCACAUAGGGGAAAUCCUCUAUAUAGAAAGUACUGCAAGUGCCACAGCAGGCAUGCAAAACACCUUUCCAUUAGAGACCAGCCCUCAGUAGGAGUCAGCCCCGUACGUACCCACCCAGGAGCUGUGUCACAGCAACAGUGUUGGUAAAAAACCCCACACCCUUUCCUGCUUUAUCUUUGGCUCCCUUAUGUUGGGUUUCCUCCAAAUUUAAAAGCAUUUCAGCAUCCAUCCCUCUGCCAGGUAUCCCAGCUUCUAAUAGGAAUGAAUUAGCUCUGGGCUUAUAAGGUCUGUUUGAAAGUGGUCUUCUAUGUGGAUGGGUCUCUGGGUGCCAAUUUAUGUUUAAUUAGAAUAAUAAUUAGAAUAAUACUGAGAAUAAUACUGAGAAUAAUGAUAAGAAUAAGAGAGAAAAUAAAGAUAAAUGUUAAAUUCCAGUGUUGUUUUUUUCAAUUUCAUGGGGCUCAGUGCGUAGCAACCUACAACUUGAGUAAAUAACCCGGUUUGGUACUUUUGGAAUGGGUCUAAAACUUAGUUUGAGAACAAGGAGAGGAAUAUGGUGCUGGAGACUGGAUAGGUGAGAAGAGCUGGGCCUGAGCCCGGCCACUGACCCAAACCUGUGAACAAGGGAAUAAGGACGUUCACAUUUAACCUUUUGAAUUUCCAUUUUGGAGGUAUCAGAGCACCUUUCUGCCAGCUGUCACCUUUGCUGAUGUAGAAGUGAUGUGCCUGGCAGUCCCUGCCUGGCAGCACAGGGAUGUGCUGUGUGUGUGCCUGGGCUGCCAGGCAGGGUCAAGACAGGAAGCAUGAGAGCUGGUUUGGAGACAGCUUUUGCUGGCAGAACAAUUUUAAUGCUGUGCCCCUUGUCUUGCCGGUCACUCAUCUGCUUUCUGUCACAGCAAGGACUCUCUAUCAUUAACAUAUUGACAAGCAAACUCAUUUUAUCACC